UUGUUCAAUGAAGAUACGUCCCACACUACUAUCCUGCCAAAUACACCUUCACAAGUACCUGGAGGUCCAGGUUUGAAAUUCAGAUCCUUAAAACUCCUGUGCCAGAAGCUUCCUUGUGAGGAAGCUGAUCCUCUGCCUGUGUCCCACUUUCCUUGUCUUCCCAUUCCUGCCUCUGAAUUGUAUGGCAAGGGGCCUCCUGCACGUUUGUGUGGACAUUCCUAGCCUGCAUGUUCAAAAUCUGUCCACCUGCCUUACACACCAGUGCACACAAUGGUCAUGUAAUACUCUGAAACAGCCAAGGUCAUUUAGGCAGGGUAUUUGGAGUGAGUACCUGGAGUAUAGUCUAGAACAAGUAUGAGUUCCAGAUAGGCAUGUAGUACUGGCUCUUCAAAGCACAGGGCUCCUUUUGUCUUGUUCUAAGGGCAGUACUGCUGCAAGGGUUUUGGCCUGAACAACUGUACAGAUAGAAUUGCCAUCACCUGAGAGGGGGAUUGCAGGUAAGUAGAACAGGUCAGGGUGAGGAGGUAAGUUUGGGAGUGCAUAUAUUCUGGUUCUCUAAUAGACACCCAAAUAGUACUGUAGAGAAAGGGAAAAGGAAAAAAUUCAAUUUACAGUAACAGUGGCCUGGAAUAUAUAAAAACUGAAGGGUAUUUUUCAUUACAGCCAUUCUAACCAGCUAAGGCUCUUUAACAAACCAUGAACUUUGACUUCAGACCCUUACUGAAUCAGUUCUACCCAGGCAUUUGUUUUAACCAGUCAUAUAUAAGCCUAUGGACUCCAUCCUAUCCAGCAUGCUAUUUUUUAUUCGCAAAAGCUCCAUGAACCCUGCUUUCUAUGAUCGAAAAUCCCCUCAGACUUCUCCCUCUAGCGAACUACUCAGUGCAUGUCUUCACCAGUAUGUGUUCCCUUGCCUGGGGGUGUUAUUAUUUUUUAACUUUGGUAGUCUGUUUUAUUCUUUGGUAACAAGCAGCUGGAUAUAAAUUUGGGAGUCUUGGGCAUAUAGAUCUUAUUGAAAAUAAUAAGACUGGAUGAGAUCAAGGGAGUGAGUGUAGAUAAAAACCAAGGGCUGAGCUUUGGGGCACUCAAAAGAUUGGAAAGAGGAGGAACCUGUAGAGGAGACAGACAAUGACCAGGGAGGUGGAAGGAAAGCUAAGUGGUGUCCUCGAAGCCAGUGAAGAACUGUCCUAGAGCAGAAGAUGAUCAACUCUCAGAUGCUGCUGAUAGACAACUUGAUGCAGCUGGCCAUAAUAUACACUUUGACUUAAGCCUUGUUAGUGACUUGUUAGCUAGCUUUCUAAACUUUAGUAAUUUUUAAGUGACAUUUGUAGGUUUUCAUUAUCUACAACUGAAGUUGUGGGGUUUUUUUUGGGGGGGGCAGUUAUUUCCUGUAAUUCAUUUUCUGCGAAUUUGUCUUAAAAAUGGUAAUAUGGCCAUUUUGGUGAGUUGGUGGUGACUGGUGAAAUUAAAAGCAAAGUUGUCACCUAUCUACAAGAUUCCUAUAUUAUACUACUGAGAUUUCCAAUAAUCAGUUGCACUAUGGUUGGAGAAGGCAAACUGUAUACUUCUGAGCUGUUCACAAAGUCACUAAGUUGUGAAAUACCCAACUGGAAAUUCUGAGUUUUUAAGUCUCUAAUUAUAACAAGUGCUUUUGAAAAUCGUGCUGCUGGUUGUUCAGACAUUGUGAAGUAGCUUAGAUAGAAUGCAUUUGUUGCGUCCUGAUAAACUGCAGAAGGAUAGAAACACCAAAUGUUGCGUUUCUCAAGAAAAUGGCUUGGGCUUCCAGAAUACAUCUUAAUGUUUUACCCAGUUUGGUUUGUAUAGUAUCAAUUUUCCAUAUGAAAUGUCUUUCCCAACUACACCUGCCCUCAGAGACUCUGAAUUACACAUUUAAAGGAAGUAUCCUUUCUAAAUGAGCUGAAGAAUGGCAUUCUGUUAAAAAGAUGAACAGCUGGUCAUGUGGAAAUUCUCUGGAAUGCUCACUUGUCCUGCAAAGGCAGGGGAAAAACUGAGACGUUAGGUGCAGUGUUUGUCAUUCAUUGGUAUACAGAAUUUUUUAAAAAGUCACCUUCUUAAAAUGUAAUCAUGUAAAGAAAUCUUUACAUGACUUUGCCUUUCUCCUUAAAAGAUUAAUCCAUCAACAAUGUGAAGGCCCUGAGAGCCCACUAAGUGCAAUUCAGUGGGUCUCAGGAUUGUGCUGGAAUUGUCCCAUUUGCUGAAACAUUGUUCCUUAUAUUAAGAUUCAGGACCCUCCCGUGUUUAAAAGUUAUCCUUUGUUCUCGAUUACCUUGGGAUAAACCUGGAAUUUCUUAAGCGUGACACACAAAGAAUUUGAAUCUUGCUCUGCUCUCCAAGCUCGUCUCUCACUUCUUCCCCUUUGAAUUCUUUGUACCAGCCUGAUGAAACUACAGAUGAGAUCAGCUCUCCCUUCUUCCUUCUCGAGUUCAAGUAGCAGCCUUUCCUCUUACCUUGGCCAACUCUGACUUAUCCACCCCUGCUUUAUUUCUUCUUUGUGUAAUUCGUAUUUUCAGGGUCGGUACAUAGUUGGGGUUCUCUGUUUACUUAAUACAUUUCCCCCAAGAGAUUUGGUCUCGGCUUAGGCUCUUUAUUCUGCCUUGUUUCCCAGAAUUUCUGUAGAAAUUGUUUAAAUGGAGUAGGAGGGAGCUAGGGGCGAGUACCGCAUUACUUUCCCCAGGUUACAGAUAAAUGAGAUUCCAAGAGAUCUGACCCGUUUGGCGUUUGCAAAGAGAGGGACCCGCGGAAGCUAGCCUGCCGUUUGGAAGGCUAAACUGCCUUAAAGUGUUGGGACCGGGCAUUACCUGAAUUUGUCGUUAGAGUUGAAUUACUGUUGUGAGCUAUUGCGGGCUGUACGGAUGGGUCAAGAAGGAAGCUAGAGCGCUCGUGUCACGGGUAAAGAUAGGCAGUGCCUGCGCUCCUGGCUCGAGAAAAGGAAGGCGAGAUGCCAUCCGAAGUGGUCCUCUUCCUCUAUCCCUUCCAAAUGGGACAGACGGUAGCGCUGUUGCUUUAACAAUCGCCCCUUCGGCUCCAAGAAGAGCUAGUUAGUGACCGUAAGCGAAUGUGAGUGUAAAGACACCGUGUCCUCUCGGCCUUUGUGGACUAAGAUGUUUACGUAGUGUCCGGGGGAGGCACGCUUCCACGGGACUCCGCGGCUCGCGAGCCUCACCCCCAGGCUCCUUGCUCGCCCAGGCAGCGCGAAUCCCCAGGGCUGGGUUCCCGAGGGCAGAGGGUCAGCUUGGCGUACCAGGCACUGUCUGGUAGCUGUACCCGUCCUCGCAGCCCCAUCCUCAUUUUCUGAGGCUGUUAGCAGAAAGCCCCACCGGGAGGAGAGGCGGGACGGCUGGGGAUGGCCUCUCAGCGCCCUCUGCGCCUUGGCAUCCUUUGCUGGCCAUCUCGGGCGCCCUCGGCUGUGGCGCCCGGCGGAGGAGAGGAGUUUCCGGGGCUCGGGUCCCUGCAGCCAUCCCGGGGAAGGAGCGCGGAAGCGAGUGGGCGGCGAGAGGCGGAGCAAGGGACGCGGGGGGCGUGGACGCGGCCGGCUUUGGAAAGGCCCCAAGUUAAUGAGGCGUGCGCCGGCGGCGGAGUGCCUUUCGGAGCUGGGCUUUCCCCCGCGGCGCGGGCGCCAGGAGCCGCCUUUUCCGCUGGGUGUCACUCGGGGGUGGGGGGGAUGGCCCAUUCAAAAGCGCCGCGAGGGGGCCCGGCCAGAGCCCUUCAGUGAGCGCUCGCAAGAGGACGGCAGAGGCCCGGCGGCUCGCAGCUCCCGGACCUUGUGGCGCAUCAGGACGCGGCUGCCCUGCUGCUCGGACCCAGAGGAACCGCCGCAGCCGCCGCCGCCGCUCUGCUUCCUGCGCGUUAGCCUCUUCUGCGCGCUCCGGGCGGGCGGCCGCGGGAGCCGUUGGGGCGAGGACGGCGCGCGGCUGCUGCUGCCCCCCCGGGCCCGGGCGGCUGGAAGAGGAGAAGCCGAGCCGAGCGGCGGUCCCCCCUAUGCCGGGAGGAUGUUGGAGAGCAGCGGCUGCAAGGCGCUGAAGGAGGGUGUGUUGGAGAAGCGCAGCGACGGGUUGCUGCAGCUCUGGAAGAAAAAGUGCUGUAUCCUCACUGAGGAGGGGCUGCUGCUCAUCCCGCCCAAACAGCUGCAACACCAGCAGCAGCAGCCCGGGCAGGGGCCGGUCGAGCCAUCCCAACCCGGAGGCCCCGCUGUGGGCAGCCUCGAGCCGCCCGUCAAGCUGAAGGAAUUGCACUUUUCCAACAUGAAGACCGUGGACUGCGUGGAGCGCAAAGGCAAGUAUAUGUACUUCACUGUGGUGAUGGCCGAGGGCAAGGAAAUCGACUUUCGGUGCCCGCAGGACCAGGGCUGGAACGCGGAGAUCACGCUUCAGAUGGUGCAGUACAAGAAUCGUCAGGCCAUCCUGGCGGUCAAGUCCACGCGGCAGAAGCAGCAGCACCUGGUCCAGCAGCAGCCGCCGCCGCAGCCGCAGCUUCAGCCCCAGUCCCACCCCCACCCCCAAGCCCCGCCGCAGCCGCAGCCCCAACCCAAGCCCCAGCCGCAGCCGCAGCCCCAACCCAAGCCCCAGCCGCAGCCGCAGCCGCUCCAUCCAUAUCCGCAUCCGCACUUGCGUUCGCACCCACAUCCGCACCCACUACCGCUCUCGCAGCCGCACGGCCACCGGCUUCUCCGUAGCACCUCGAACUCUGCCUGAAGAGGGCAGCACCCGAGCCAGACGAGGUUGUGAGGACUUGAGGAAGUGGGACAAGCACCUUUCUAUUGUCUUCACUUGGAUCGAAAACAAAACAGUCGCCCCGCCCGCACCAGACCAAGUAGUUUGGACAGAAUACGACCGAUAACUUGGCGAUUCCUCUUAGUUUUUCUGCAUACUCUUCAUCACAAUGCAGGAAAUGAUUUCGAGUCCAGAAGGCUUUAUUUAUGAACCUUUGAGAGGAUCUUCCAGUAUGGUGGACCUUUUAGGAGCGAUGAUGUACUGUAAUGUUAUUUUAAUGUAUUUUGAUUUAUGAUUAUUUAUUAGUUUUUUUAAAAUGCUUGUUCUGAGACAUUUCUGAAUGUAGGCCAUUUUCCAAAAAAGAAACUUUAUUUUCAAAAACCUAUUCCCUAGUAAGUUCUAAUCUUGGGAAAGAAGAAAGUAAAAGGGCGGUGAAAGGGAACACAUCAAGAAUUCAUUUUCAGAAGGUCUGAUACUUAAAUGUUAUACCAGGUGGUUGAAAUUAAACUCUGUGAUACUACGUGGAGUUUUCUUUCUUCUUUUUUUCUUUUGAGUUUUUUUUUCCUUCGACAUAUAUUUUGUGUAGAAUGGAAGUUUAAAGAAGCUAAACGUUCAGAAUUGUGUAAUUAUAAAAAUCGAAUUGCUUUUUCUAAAAGGAAAUCAGUAGUAAUGAUAGCUGAUUCAGAGUAUUUCAAACAUAACCCAACUGAUGGCAAGAUGAUCAUAUCCUGAAUAUACAAAGGAGGGCUGGGUCUGCUGUAGGAAAAGGCUUUCUUAGAUUAUCUAUGUGUGAAGGGUUUAAUAAGGAGUUUUCUAUGAUUUCUGAGUAUGAAUGCAUUAGGUGUUUCAUUUCAAAAAACAUAGUGGGGGAAAAGAAUUAUUCCACUUGUUUGAGAGAACAUUUGUGCUCUUAGCCACAAUAGAGAUUACCCUUCUCCAAGAGCUUUGCACACUUGAUGUGAACCACAUUUUCUGGCCCUUUUACUUUGUUCUAGAAUCAUAUUCUAUCUAGAAUCUCAUAGUUUAAAUAAAAUACAGUUUGUAAAUAUUUCAAAGGACUAGGAGUCAUAGCUUUUUGUUUUCAUUCUGAGAAUAAUGUUGAUCAGAGACAUCAGCUGUUUUGCUUUUUAUUGCUCUGUGAGAAAUCCAAGGGUUAUAUGUUUUGUUGUUAGGUUAGCUAAACUCAGAAAUUGAAAAAGGAAGGACUGGAUAAACACUGGAUUUGCAGUAAGAAAACAACCCCAGUCUUGUUUUAGCAGCGACUUGUUCAGGAG